AUGACCACUUCUGCACCCACCGUUGGGUCCCCACCUUCAGCAGGUCUUACUCGCGACGACAUCACAAUCGCCACACGAGCCGCAGAUAGCUUCAUCAAACUCUACUACACGGCAUACGACUCGAGCACGCGCCUCUCAGAUCUACCCAAUUUUUAUCGUCCGACCUCAUCUAUUACAUGGAAUGGAAAUCCUCUACAAGGGUCUGAUGGAGUGAAGCGGCUCAUAGAAAAGAUGCCACCGACCAAACAUGAAAUGCUGUCUUUUGAUUGUCAUCCAAUACCAGGCUCGACGCCUCCCUCUCUCUUCGUGAAUGUUUCGGGGAAUGUUACUCAUGGCCGACAACAUCCACCGCCAACCAGCCAGGCGCGGAGUAACACGCGAAGUGUUGACGGCCACCCUCGCGUAUUUUCACAGAUUUUCAUGCUGGUGCCGGAUCCGAAUGUCCCACCAAAUCCAGGAGAGGGAACGAAGUACUAUGUUAGUGUGGAUGCGCUGAGGUUUGUUGGCUAG